CCAAAUGGCUUCUUUUGGGUGGAAGAGGAAGAUUGGUGAGAAAGUUUCAAAAGCUACUUCUCAGCAAUUUGAAGCGGAAGCUGCGGAUGACAAGGAUCUGGCUGAUGAUGAUGACGCCAACUGGGUGCAUGCAAGUAAGAGAAAGAAGGAGGUUCUCUUAGAAGACUGUGUAAAGAAAAGUAAGGAGCUGAAGGAUGAAGGUGCAAGUUUGGCUGAAAAUAGGAGGUACCGAGAAGCUAUUCACAAGUGGGAUGAAGCAAUUCAGUUAACUCCAGAGGAUGCUACUCUUUACGAGAUGAAAUCACAGGUCCUGAUGUCUUUACAUGAAAUGUUUCCAGCAGUGCAUGCAGCAGAAAUGGCUGUCCAGCGAAACCCACGUUCCUGGGAUGCCUGGCAGACUUUGGGACGUGCCCAGCUUGGAUUAGGAGAGAUAGCACUGGCAAUCCGAAGUUUCCAAGUAUCCUUACACAUCUUUCCAAUGAACCCUGAAGUGUGGAAUGAGGACCUUUCAUGGGCAAGAAAACUACAUGAACAACAAAAGGCAACAAAGAUUGAGGCAACGCAACCACUGGCAAAAGAAAAAGAGCCUGUACAAGAACCUAUCCCAGACUACGACUUUGAAAGUGAUGAAAUUGUGGCAGUCUGUGCUGCCAUUGCAGAGAAGGAGAAAGCUCUAUCAGCAGCUAAAACAGUAGUGAUUGUGUCUGCUUCAGGCACAGUAGAGACUGUUACUGAGAAGGAGAAUUGUCCUACAACUCCUGAUGAAACCCUUUUCAUCAGAGCCCGAUAGGGCAGCCUUAUGGGUUGCCAUACUGUUUUAAGAACUAGUGUUAUUUAUUGUAUUGGGCUUGCUUUGUUUUUGUUUUAUAAGCAGAAGGACACCCUACAAAAGUUAAAGAAUUUAAAUUCUUUUU